AUGACGAACCACAUUGUUGUACUUGGCGCCGGUGUGUCGGGCCUCACCACCGCUCUGCUGUUGUCCAAGAGCAAGGCCAACUCCGUCACUGUCAUUUCGAAGCACAUGCCCGGUGACUAUGACAUCGAAUACACCUCGCCCUGGGCUGGCGCCAACGUUCUACCCAUGGCACCAGCUACUGACAGCAGAUGGGAGAGAAGAACAUGGCCCGAGAUCAAGCGCCUGGCCGCCGAAGUGCCUGAAGCUGGCAUUCACUUCCAGAAGAGUUUGGUGUACCGCCGCAAGAAAGAUAUUGAGGCUGGCGGCAACCCCUACGAUGCCCUCUACUCCGUCGACCCGUGGUACCGCGAUUUGAUGCCCGAUUACCGCGAACUGCGUCAGGACGAGUUGCCUGAAAACGCCCACUCGGGCUGCGAGUUCACUUCUGUCUGCAUCAACACGGCGCUCUACCUCCCCUGGCUCGUCGGACAGUGCCGCAAGAACGGUGUCGUUUUCAAGCGUGCCGUUCUGUCGCAUAUCCAUGAAGCCAAGAACCUGCAUCACACAGGCAACCCGGCUGACAUUAUCAUUAAUGCCUCCGGCCUGUUGGCGCGCAAGUUGGGCGGCGUCGAGGAUUUGACCGUCCGCCCGGCCCGCGGGCAGAUUGUUGUGGUACGGAACGAGAUCGAGCCUAUGGCCACUAUUUCCGGUACCGACGACGGGCCGACGGAAGUGUGCUACAUGAUGACGCGGGCGGGCGGCGGUGGCACGAUCCUGGGAGGUACUUAUGACAAGGAUAACUGGGACCCCAACCCCGACCCCAACAUCGCCAUCAGGAUUAUGAAGCGCUGCAUUGAGCUGUCCCCGAAGUUGACGGGUGGUAAGGGCCCCGAGGCUCUGAGCAUCAUCCGUCAUGGUGUCGGACUAAGGCCGUACCGCGAGGACGGUGUCAGGAUUGAGAUUGACCAGAAGACUUUUGCGGACGGUACUCCCAUUGUUCACAAUUAUGGCCAUGCUGGAUGGGGAUACCAGGGCUCAUAUGGUUGCUCCGAGAAGGUUGUUGAGCUGGUGAACCAGAUCAGAUCAGAGAAGGGAGAGAACCUGGCAAAUGAGCCCAGGGUUUUCUCUUGGGACCGGCCUAGCAAGUUGAAAAAAAAGGUUGCUUCCAAAACCAAGACAGUUGUAGUUGUGCCUGCCGUGACUCCUUUGACUCAACAGUACGUAUUGAUAUUCCCGAGGUUGCCGCACAGUGCGGCGUACCUGCAGUUCGCGACAGCUUGCAGAAGCUCCCCUGUCCAUCACCAAGCUUCACGACCGACAAUCCCACGGCACGGCUGGCGUAGCUACACCAUGGCCGAAUCAGCACCCCCAAUUCACGUGCAAGCGACGCGACUGAUCCUCGAUAUUGCAAACGGUCGCCAUGCGCUCUCCAAGGUCAUCCCGCCGCUGCUCCUCGCACUGGAUGCUGUCCUAUGCGGUCUGAUCAUAUGGAAAGUUCCAUACACCGAAAUCGACUGGGUAGCCUACAUGGAGCAGGUGGCUCAGUUUGUCACGGGCGAGCGCGACUACACUAAGAUCAAAGGCGGCACCGGACCCCUCGUCUACCCUGCCGCUCACGUCUACACCUACACAGGGCUCUACUACCUCACCGACGAAGGGAAGAACAUUUUCCUGGCUCAACAGCUGUUUGCCAUUCUCUACCUUGCUACUCUAGCUGUAGUCAUGGCCUGCUACUGGCAGGCAAAGGUACCGCCAUACAUCUUCCCACUCCUGAUCCUCUCCAAACGACUCCACAGCGUCUUCGUCCUGCGCUGCUUUAACGACUGUUUCGCGACAUUCUUCCUCUGGCUAGCCAUUUUCUUCUUCCAGAAGCGACUCUGGACGCCGGGCGCAAUACUCUACAGCUGGGGUUUGGGAAUCAAGAUGUCACUCUUGCUGGUCCUGCCCGCCGUGGGCGUGAUACUCUUCCUCGGACGAGGCUUCGAGGGCAGCCUGCGCGCGGCAUGGCUCAUGGCACAACUACAAAUCCUCAUUGGCGUGCCGUUCUUUACGAAUAACGCGAAGGGGUACCUCGGUCGCGCAUUCGAGCUCUCGCGGCAGUUCUUCUUCAAGUGGACGGUCAACUGGCGCUUCGUGGGCGAGGAAACGUUCCUCAGCAAGCCAUUCUCUAUCGCGCUGCUGGGCCUGCACGUAGCCGCUCUGCUGGUCUUCAUCUUGACCCGCUGGCUCAACCCUGCGCAGCGCCCGCUGUCAUCACUCGUGCCCGCCAUGCUCAAGGGCAAGUCGCCGUUUGCGAAGCUGGAGGAGGCUCAGGUAGCCAGCCGAGUGACGCCCCGCUACGUUCUCACGACAAUCCUUUCGGCCAACGUAAUGGGCUUGCUCUUCGCCAGGUCUCUGCAUUACCAGUUCUACGCCUAUCUAGCUUGGUCUACGCCGUACCUUCUCUGGCGCAGCGGCCUUCCCGUCUACCUCGUCUAUCUGCUCUGGGCGGUGCAGGAGUGGGCCUGGAACGUCUAUCCCAGCACGAACACGAGCUCGCAGGUCGUCGUCGGUGUUAUGGCCGUCACCGUCAUUGCGGCGUGGUUUGCGGCGGCGGACGAGGGCAAGCCGGCGGAGAAGCUGGAGUCGAAGAAGCGGUGA